AUGUCAACAUUUAAACGAAACGAUCAAGAUCGAUAUCAACAUCUUAAUGAAAUGUCGAUAUCUACAUCUAAACGAAGAUUAUUAUUAUCGACAAGUCAAACAGUAAGUAUCGUUCAAAUUUAUGGAAUGUUAAGUGUGACCGAAGAUUCCAAUCGUUUUCUUUUUCAAAUAGUUACAAGUAGUCAAAUUUUAGUGGAUAUAGAUUCUCGGCAAGUGGCACCACAAAUACCCUUGAUAGGUACAGGUCAUCAGCAAGUAGUAUCUGAAAUACCCCUGGUGGGUAUGGGUCAUCAGCAAGUAGCAUCCCAAGUACCUUUCGUAGGUAUGGAUCAUCGUCUAAUGGCAUCUGAAAUACCCUUGCUGGGUGUGGGUCAUCAACAAUUAGCACCGCAAAUAGCCUUGCUGGGUACGGGUCAUCAACAAGUAGCAUCUGAAAUACCCCUAGUGGGUAUGAGUCACUAG